GUGAGGUUUAUCAGUGUCAGUAUAUCAUUCGCAAGCACUGAGCAGUCACGCAGUCAUAGUGUAUUUUGUUUAGAAACUUGAAAAUUAAUGUGCACCAUGUCGUGUGUGUAAAAAUGGCCUUGGACCGUCUAUUUCGGAAUAUUGUGUUGGAUAUUCUUACUUUAGGAUGCGCUGGCUUACCGCUCCUGCUGCUCCUGCUACUAGGGGAGCCGUACCGACGAGGUUACUUCGAAGACGAUGAGUCCAUUCGUCUCCCGCUAAAACCUGAAACCAUAUCUGAGGGAGCACUGGCGGCCGCAGGCUUCAGUAUUGUCAUUGUCGCGAUAGUAGCAAUCGAAUUGUUCCGUGACAAGCAAGGGAAAGGAAUUGGCGAUAAGUAUCUGUCAGGCUCACUGGUGCCAGGCUGGGUAUGGGAGAGUUACAGAGCCAUCGGCGUGUAUACUUUCGGAGCGGCUUGUCAGCAGUUGUCGGCGAAUAUGGGCAAAUAUGUGGUGGGGAGGCUGAGACCAUAUUUUUAUGAUGUAUGCAGACCGUUGCCGAAUUUGACGUCCCCCCUCAACGAAUUGGGGUAUAUUGUCGACUACACCUGCCAGGGUACCGAUGCCAAUCUCAUCAUGAUUGCUCGACUGUCCUUCCCUAGCGCGCACUCCAGUUAUGCGAUGUACACAGCCUUAUAUCUAAUAUUUUACAUCCAAGUGAAAGCCAAAUGGCGCGGUUCCAAGCUGCUUCGCCACGGCGUACAGUUCGCGAUAUUUAUGAGCGCCUGGUACGUGGGCAUGUCACGCGUGGUGGACCACAAGCAUCACUGGAGUGAUGUAGCCGCUGGCUUCUUGAACGGCACCAUAACUGCUGUACUCACGUUCGUAUACAUUCUGAAGCCAAAGAAGUAUGGACUCCCACCAUCAUGGCGUGAGACAGGACAAGAUGUUCAAAACGAAUUGCCUAGACCUGCCAUGGCUCGAUGACGAUACCAUCCUUGUCUAAAUUAAUAUUAUAGAAAAUAUUAAAUUUUUUCUUUGGAAUGGAUAAAUUCAAAAAUUUCUUAUCCGAUUUUAGAAUUUCUUUCACCUAUAUGGUAGAAAGCUACAUUAUCAGCAAGUAACAUAGUUUAUUAAAAAAAGAAACAUUCUAGAGCGAGUCGCUAGUUAUUAUAAUAAUUAUUGUGGCAGACAUUACUACCCAAAAACCUCGGGAUAAAAUAUUAAGUAUCUACAAAUUUCAACAUUAUUCUUAUUUGUAUUAAUAUUAUUUUAGCAUAAACCAUAAUAAGUUGUCAAAUACCCGUACAUCAUACAAUGGAUCAGUCACAUUAUAUUGCCAGUUAAUAAUUGGUAGAAAAAAAAGAUUUUUAGUGCUAAUUGCACUAAAAAAAACUAACUAUACAAGCUGUAAUGGAAAUUAUUAGCAACCAUUUAGAAGAAUGGAUGAAACUGAAUCUAAGGUCUCUUUACCCAGAGAGAUAUGAGUAUGCAACCUUAGAUUAUAAAUGAUAUAGAUCUAUGUGCCCAGUUGUCAGUAUAUAACUAACUAGAGCCUCCGUAACUAAAUACAGCAACGUUGCAAUUACUUGUCAAUUUUCAAAAACAACCAAAGAAUUCUCAAUGUUUCUGGUUGACUAUUUAAAAAAUACCACCGCCUACGAACUAUAAUGUUAAUCAUUGAGUAGGUACGUUAUAAAUGUAUUAUUAAAAAUCUUGCACCUACUUCAUAUUUUGCUUUAGUAUUUUUCAAGUAGGUGCUUUUUUGUGUACAAAUAAAACACGACAGAAUAACAUGAUUAAUGUUUUAAUUAACAUAUUAUAUUUUUAUUACACAGUUCGCUAGCAGAAUAAUGUUUAAAUAAUUAGUUACAAAAUUCUUCAAUUGUUUUUGAAAAUUGACAAAUAAAUGUGACGUUGUCACAUUUUGUCAAGCUAAAGAUACGAACCCUUUUAAUAUUUCUUAUUUUUUUUUAUGCAACUUAAAAUGGCAAUUGAGCUGACGGGCCACCUGAUGGAAAGUGGAAACCGUCGUUUAUAGAUAUAACCAGUACCAUGGAUAUAAGAGAAUGUAGUGUUUCGCCUAUUAUACCUGCCAUGCCUUGCCAUUCCUGAGGACUCGGGUCUUAUUCCUCUGUACCCUGUAAAUACACUGCCAUAUCCUAUCCUUCUAACCGAAACACAGUUAUGCAAACACAACUGCUUCACUGUAGAAACAUGAAUAGAACAGAGGUGCUCAAGCAAACAACUUUUGUUCAAAGUCUCCCACUGAUAAAUUUAACUCACGUUUCUAUUAGAAUAAUUUUCACUUGCACUGACAUAACGCUCAGUAAAAGGAUGCAAAUAAUUCUGAAGUGAUGUGUAUAAUCCUGCAACCUAAAAUCUGUUGUACUACAAUGUAAGGGGGUCAUAUCAUUCGUUUUUUGUUAACUCUAUGAUAAUAAAAAUUACCUAUUGCUGAAAUUAGAUUUGCAAUGUAAUAUAAUGUAAUGAAACGAAGCUAUACGUAGUAAUUAUUGAGAACUGAGUGUCAUGAGCCCAGCCCUCCUAGGUCAAUGGCAAAAGUAUUUAUCUUUAUAUAAGUAUAUCACUGACACCAUAGGAAAGAACGAGAUAUCAACGAGAUUAAGUCAACUGGAAAACCAUGUUCAGUAUUUAAAAACUGAUAUUGCAUGUAAUCUCAAAGAAUGCUUGCAAUUCAUCCUAUUUCCUUUAGCAAAUGAUAAGUAGGUACAAUGGAUAAUGAUCGAAAGAGUAUUAUUAUUUAUAAUAAUGUUAGGUAAGUAAGUAUUUAAUAAGACAGCAAUAAAGGUUUUAUAUGAA